AAUGGAUAGAAAUCUAGAUUGGUUCGUAUACAGGAACCUUAACAUAUCAUCGAGCAUCGAAGACAUUUGCUCUAUGGUCGAAUAAUUGUCAAAUCAACGCAGAGACGUCAAUUUGUAGCAGACAUUAUCCACAUCGUUAAUUGAUCACAUUAUAGCAAAUUCAGCACGAGGAGCUUGUACAUUUGUUAAUUUUACACUUUUCGUUAAUUUAAUCAGUAAACAAGAUGUACCCCGUUGGUCAACCUCCAGCGGGGGAAACGAGUGGUGGUGCAGUGGGUGUGUCGGGAGGGGUGAGCACGACGGCGGGGACGACGGGCACGGCGCCCGGGGCCGCCAGCACGGCGGCCACCACGGGCACGCCGGGCGCCGCCGUGGCGCCGGGCACGGGCACCAUGGCGCUCGUGUCGCCCGUCGCCGCGCCGCCGCCCGACCUGCCCGUGCUCACAUGCCCGCGUCGUCCCAAUCUCGGCCACGAGGGGAGGCCCAUCAUGCUUAGAGCAAAUCACUUUCAAAUAUCCAUGCCGAGAGGAUAUGUGCAUCACUAUGAUGUUAAUAUACAACCAGAUAAGUGUCCACGAAAGGUGAAUAGAGAAAUUGUAGAGACUAUGGUUCAUUGUUAUAAUAAGAUAUUUGGUGCCCUCAAGCCAGUGUUUGAUGGCAGGAAUAACCUGUACACAAGAGAUCCUCUGCCGAUUGGCAAUGACAGAGUAGAACUGGAAGUCAUCUUGCCUGGAGAAGGCAAGGACAGAGUUUUUCGUGUGACAAUCAAAUGGGUAGCUCAGGUUUCAUUGUUUGCUUUAGAAGAGGCUUUAGAAGGUCGAACAAGACAGAUACCAUAUGAUGCCAUUUUAGCAUUGGAUGUAGUAAUGAGGCACCUACCAUCAAUGAUGUACACCCCAGUUGGGCGCUCAUUCUUCUCGUCACCAGAAGGCUAUUAUCAUCCUCUGGGUGGUGGCCGAGAAGUCUGGUUUGGUUUCCACCAGUCAGUGAGACCAAGCCAAUGGAAAAUGAUGCUUAAUAUUGAUGUAUCCGCCACUGCAUUUUACAAGGCCCAGCCUGUCAUAGAGUUUAUGUGUGAAGUAUUAGACAUUCGAGAUAUUAAUGACCAAAGAAAACCAUUGACUGAUUCACAAAGAGUGAAAUUCACAAAAGAAAUAAAGGGUUUGAAAAUCGAGAUCACUCACUGUGGCACCAUGAAGAGGAAAUACCGCGUAUGCAAUGUAACGCGGCGGCCGGCACAAAUGCAAUCAUUCCCGUUGCAACUAGAGAAUGGACAAACUGUUGAAUGUACAGUCGCGAAAUAUUUCCUAGACAAAUACAAAAUGAAGUUAAGAUAUCCACAUUUACCCUGCCUGCAAGUCGGACAGGAGCACAAGCACACAUACUUGCCCCUGGAGGUGUGCAACAUUGUCCCGGGACAGAGAUGUAUCAAGAAACUGACGGACAUGCAAACAUCUACCAUGAUCAAAGCCACGGCCCGCUCGGCACCCGAUAGGGAGCGUGAAAUCAACAACUUAGUGCGCCGCGCGAAUUUCAACACGGACCUGUACGUGAAGGAGUUCGGGCUGACCAUCUCCAACAACAUGAUGGAGGUGCGCGGGCGCGUGCUGCCGCCGCCCAAGCUGCAGUACGGCGGCCGCGUCUCGUCGCUCGGCGGACAGGCGCUACCCAACCAGGGUGUGUGGGACAUGCGCGGCAAGCAGUUCUUCAUGGGCGUGGAGAUCCGCGUGUGGGCCAUCGCCUGCUUCGCGCCGCAGCGGACCGUGCGCGAGGACGCGCUCAAAAACUUCACCCAGCAACUGCAAAAGAUCUCAAACGACGCGGGCAUGCCGAUCAUCGGGCAGCCGUGUUUCUGCAAGUACGCGACGGGGCCCGACCAGGUGGAGCCCAUGUUCAAGUACCUCAAGUCCACCUUCGUGCAGCUGCAGCUCGUUGUUGUCGUGCUGCCCGGGAAGACGCCCGUUUACGCGGAAGUAAAGCGUGUCGGCGACACAGUGCUCGGCAUGGCGACGCAGUGCGUGCAGGCCAAGAACGUGAACAAAACGUCUCCGCAAACCCUCAGCAACCUGUGCCUCAAGAUCAAUGUCAAGCUGGGCGGCAUUAACUCCAUCCUAGUGCCGUCACUGCGCCCUAAGGUAUUCAACGAGCCGGUGAUCUUCCUGGGCGUGGACGUGACGCACCCGCCGGCGGGCGACAACAAGAAGCCCUCGAUCGCGGCGGUGGUCGGCAGCAUGGACGCGCACCCGUCGCGGUACGCCGCCACGGUGCGCGUGCAGCAACACAGACAAGAGAUAGUUCACGAGAUGAGCAGCAUGGUGCAGGAGCUGUUGAUCAUGUUCUACAAGAGCACGGGCGGGUUCAAGCCGCACCGCAUCAUCAUGUACCGCGACGGCAUCUCCGAGGGCCAGUUCAUACACGUGCUGCAGCACGAGCUGACCGCUGUGCGCGAGGCGUGCAUUAAGUUGGAGGCGGAAUACAAGCCGGGCAUCACAUUCAUCGUAGUCCAGAAGCGGCAUCACACGCGGCUGUUCUGCGCCGACAAGAAGGAGCAGUCCGGCAAGUCUGGCAACAUCCCCGCCGGCACCACCGUCGACCUCGGCAUCACGCACCCCACCGAGUUCGACUUCUAUCUCUGCUCGCACCAGGGCAUUCAGGGCACGUCGCGACCGUCCCACUACCACGUGCUGUGGGACGACAACCACUUCGGGUCGGACGAGCUGCAGUGCCUCACGUACCAGCUGUGCCACACGUACGUGCGCUGCACGCGCUCCGUGUCCAUCCCCGCGCCUGCGUACUACGCGCAUCUCGUCGCCUUCCGCGCCCGCUACCAUCUGGUCGAGAAGGAGCACGACUCUGGAGAAGGCUCGCACCAGUCCGCCUGCAGCGAGGACCGCACGCCCGGCGCCAUGGCGCGCGCCAUCACCGUGCACGCCGUCACCAAGAAGGUCAUGUACUUCGCCUAGACACGCCCUGCACAAGCCACGGCGUGCAUACUAGGGUUAAGGUGAGGUGGGCCCGAGCCUAGAGCGACACUUACACUAAUUACAUUAAUUUUAAGUCAAAUGGAAAAAUGUAUAGGCUCACCUCGCAUUAAGGCGGAAACCCGCUGCGGCGUACGCUAUGCACAAUAGAUGAAGUACGGGUCGUAUGACAGUGCGCCGCUGUGGGCUCAAGUGCCAGUCGAGCUCCUCAAUUAAGUUGCUUUAAUAUGACCAAUCAGCGAAUCGAAAAGUGACAAAAAUAUAAUAUAUUGACCCGUAAUAUUUUUCGGCAGAUUUGGACGCGAUUUAUUUAUAAUUAGAUUACGUGAUACGUCGAAAGUAAUAUACUUUAUGGGAGUUAUAAGGCAUACACAGGCUCCACGUGACGUGAAGCUACACUCAAGAGCAAUGAAAACGACAUUGUAGAGAAUUUCCAUAGAAAAUGACCCCUUUUCAUUGUUCUUCAUUAUAUUAGUGUGACUUAUUCAGGGCCGGAUUAACCCUAAGUCAAAGUAGGCAACUGCCAAGGAGCCCCGCCUCGGCUAGGGGGCCCCGGCGGCUCAGC